AUGUCUUUACAAAAUGCUUCAAUCAAAGUAACACACUUCAUUAUAGGUGGUUUUGACUCAGUUAGAAGACCUGUUGCAGUUGGUGUCGUUAUGCUGGUAACCUAUCUACUAGCUGUUCUUGCCAAUAUGGUAAAUAUUGUCUUCAUUAUUUCUGACAAGAGAUUACAUAAACCCAUGUAUCUUCUCAUUUGUAACCUUGCUGUUGUUGAUAUCGUGUACACCUCCAGUUCCAGUCCAACAAUGAUUGGGGUUCUGAUCGCUGGUGUUAAUACCAUAUCCUAUGUAGAAUGCUUAAUUCAAAUGUUUGUAUUCCAAUUGGGAAUGGUGAUGGAGCUGUUUGCUUUAGCAAUUAUGGCAUUGGAUCGAUUAAUUGCUAUAAUGUUUCCUUUUCAAUACCACACUUAUUUAACAAACACACGUACUGUUGUUCUUGCAUGUAUGCUCUGGGUUGGUACUUGUGUUUAUGUGGCUGUUUUAUCUGCAAAUCUGGUUCGACUUCCUCACUGCAGCUCCAGGCUGAGGUACGCUUUCUGUGACUAUGCUGCUGUCAUACGAACCACCUGUAUCGAUCCCAACAGUUCUUUCAAUGAAGGUGCCAUCAUAUUGUCAUUUUUCUUUUUUUUUACCUUCAUUUUUAUUUGCCUUUCAUACUUUGUGAUUGGAUUUUUCAUAAAAUUUUCAUCCCUUAAGGACAAAACAAAAAUGGGAAGCACUUGUGUGAGUCAUUUGAUCAUUGUAACAUGUUAUUACUGUCCUUUAUUUGUUCUCAUUGCCUUGACAAGAGUAGGUGUGGUGUUAACUCUUGAGGAACGUCAGGGUUUGUUGAUUUGGACCGUCCUCGGUCCAUCUCUCGUAAAUCCCUUUGUGUACUCUCUUAGGACAAAAGAAAUUAAAAAUAAGAUCUUUAAAGUAUUUAAAAAAGGUUAA